GGCUCCCGGUCCCGGACGUCUCGCCGGUGGCUGGUGAGAUACGGUUGUGUUCCUCAGGUGCUGACGGGCCGCGGCGGCGGACCCGGGGCUCUGGCGGCAUCACGGAGGCGCAGGCUGUGUCCGAGGGUUCGGGGCCGGGCGCCGCCGGUCCCGGGACGGCCCCUCCGGUGACGGUACUAGUGAUGCGGCAGGACGAGGCCGCGGCGGAUGGCGCGCUAAGGCCGGGCCCGGCGGGGAGCGAGGCGGCGGCGGAUGCCGAGGACGAGGCGGGGGACGACGACGCCGACCUGCUGGACACUUCGGACCCUGCGGGCGGCGGCGAGAGUGCGGCCAGCCCCGAGGAGCUGGAGGACGAGGGUGCCGAGGGCGGCGGCGGGGCGCGCAGGCGGGGCGCCAAGACCUGCACCUACGAGGGCUGCCGCGAGACCACCAGCCAGGUAGCCAAGCAGCGCAAGCCUUGGAUGUGCAAGAAGCACCGCAACAAGAUGUACAAGGACAAGUACAAGAAGAAGAAGAGCGAUCAGGCCCAGGGCUCCGGCGGCGCCUCGGCGGCCAGCGCAGGCAAUGUCAAGCUGGAGGUAUGCGCCUCGGGUCCCGGGCCAGGGCAGGAAAGUGCAGACAACAUACUCUCCAUUGUCAAGCAAAGAACAGGAUCUUUCGGGGAUCGCCCUGCAAGGCCUACUCUGUUAGAACAAGUGUUAAAUCAGAAAAGACUGUCAUUACUAAGAAGUCCAGAAGUUGUCCAGUUUUUACAGAAACAGCAGCAGCUAUUAAAUCAACAAGUUUUGGAGCAAAGACAGCAGCAGUUUCCAGGAGCACCAGUGUGAGUGAACUCUGUGAUUUCUCUUACUAUAAUGGAUGAAUGGACUCUUAUACUAAAGGUGAUAUCCUGAUAGUCAGGCAUGGGUGGUGCACGCCUGGAAUCCCUGUACUUGGGAGACUGAGCCAAGAGGAUCCCAAGUUUGAGCCAGCCUGGGCUACAUAGCAAGCUUCUUUCUCAAAAAGAAAAAAAAAAAAGAGGUAGAGAGAGGCUGUUAGCAAAAAUAUUUUUCUGUAAAUGUGCGUGUGCAUUUGGGGAUAGAUAAGUAUUGCACUUUUGCAUCUAAUCCUUCCAGAUCGCUAUGAGUUUGAAAAAAAUCACCUUUACAGUUUUUAAUGUUUUUCUUCAGUUGUGCGUACUGGAGCUAAUGAGGCAGUUACUUUCUGUGGAAGUUAUAGUUCAGAGUAAUAUCAAUUCAUCCGGUACCAUGAUUCUCUCCAGAGGCAUGGAACGGAGUGUUUUGGGUUGUCGUAGAGACAUUAAACAUAGCUAGGCUGGGGUGAGGGGCCAGGAAUAC